UAAAUAAUGUCACUGCAUCAUACUGGAUUCCUGGGUUCGGUACAUUUGCCCUUCUAACGGAAUUAAAAUGUAACCCUUGCAAUUUCCCCGCACUCUGCAUUCCUAAAAUGUAGUGUUGUUUUUUUUUACAUUUUACAUUGAAAAAACAUUACAAAGUACAACAAAAACGCAAACAGGUGUAACGUACAGAGAAAACGUUGCUAUAUUGACACUCAUAACAGAAUGUGGCCAUGUAGGCAAUAUUUUACUUUACAUGUUUGUAUUAUUUGUUGAGCAAUGCCAGUUUUAAUCAUAGAUAGAUCUGAAGUUGAUCAACAACAGUGGUUCUCAAAGUUUUUUCAACAAGUGCCACUUCAGAAAACACUUGUACCACCAUAAUGACCAACAAUAAAAUACAGCAGCAUAGUAGGCCUAAAUAUUAAUUAAAAACAAGGCAGGUAUUUUAUCUAACGAUUACAUUUAAUAUUUUUGGCCACUGUAACAAUACAUACAGUUUGAACAGUAACACUGUUUAAAUAUUUGAGUUAUUUGUGUGUGUGUGUGCGCGUGCGCGCGCAUAAAUAAAUAUCUGACAUGACUUGACUUUUUUUAGACUUUAAUGACUCAGACCCUUUUGGGACCUUUAACAUUCACCAAUUAAGGAAACCCCGAGCAUUGUAUAUUUUAUUAGUUUUGAAGAUGAAAAAUAUUUGAAUGGCUGCAACAUGCUUUCGUUUUUCAGUUUGUGGCCCACAUGCUAAAGCAAAAUCUAAUCAUUGGUGGAGCUUGUGUACGGAUACAAUACUCUAUAUGAUUCUCCACAGCUUGUAAAUCCUGUAUUCACUUAAAUGUGACUUCAGAAAAAGUGUGCAAAGUAUGAAGCGUAAUGUUUAACAAAUAGCACAAGUGAGCAUUUAUAGUGGAUUUCUUAAGGCUAAAUAAUCGUAUUGGAUCCCGUCAGUUGGUUUAGCCAAUCUAGUGUUUGUGAUGUCAUUGCUGCGUGAGAUUGAAAGAACUCCACUUAGUGUUCGAUCAUUGUGUUAGCCUACAGUCCACAGCAUGUCGUGAAGCUGGUGAUCCUCACACACUCGACCAUGAAGAGAAGUCGACGUCCCAGCAGCAGCGACGACUCUGACAAUGGCAGUAAUUCGACUUGCUGGUCGCAGCAUUCUUCUCAGGCCAGGAGAGGAGCCAGACAGAAACCUUCUGAGGUCUUCAGGACGGACUUAAUCACCGCCAUGAAGGUGCCCGACUCGUACCAGCUCAACCCGGAGGACUACUACAUCCUCGCAGACCCCUGGAGGCAGGAGUGGGAAAAGGGCGUCCAAGUCCCCGUAAGCCCGCAGUCCAUCCCCCAGCCCAUGGCGAGGGCGCUGGCAGAAAAGGGAAAGGAGGUCAUGUUCGUCAGACCCAAGAAGCUGAUCCGCACGUCGGGGGCCCAGGUGCUAGGCUACGUGGACAUCCGGACGCUGGCGGAGGGCAUGUGUCGCUACGACCUGAACGAGGAAGACGUGGCGUGGCUGCAGGUUGCCAACCAGGAGUUUGUCAAGCUGGCUCUGCCCCCGCUGGACGAGAUGGCCAUGGAGCGCGCCAUGGAGGAGUUGGAGCGCCGCUGCCACGAGAGCAUGACGCACGCGACGGAGACGGAGGAGGGUCUGGGCAUCGAGUACGACGAGGACGUAGUGUGCGACGUCUGCCAGUCGCCCGACGGCGAGGACAACAACGAGAUGGUGUUCUGCGACAAGUGCAACAUCUGUGUCCAUCAGGCGUGCUACGGCAUCCAGAAGGUCCCCAAGGGCAGCUGGCUGUGUCGGAUCUGCGCCCUCGGCAUCACGCCAAAGUGCCAGUUGUGUCCAAAGAAGGGUGGGGCCAUGAAGCCCACCCGCAGUGGGACCAAGUGGGUCCAUGUCAGCUGUGCCUUGUGGAUCCCAGAGGUGAGCAUUGGGAACCCGGAGAAGAUGGAACCAAUCACCAACGUGUCGCACAUUCCCAGCAACAGGUGGGCUCUCGUUUGCUGCCUGUGCAAGGACAAGACCGGAGCGUGCAUCCAGUGCUCCGCUAAAAACUGCCGCGUUGCCUUUCAUGUGACCUGCGGCCUCCACGCCGGCCUGGAGAUGAAAACCCUCCUAACCGAGGACGACGAGGUCAAGUUCAAGUCCUUCUGCCCCAAACACUCAGGACUGGAGGGCGUCGAGUCCAGGGACCCAAACUCUGAAGACGAAGGGGGGGCGGAGGACGUCGGGGGCACAAAGGGCAAGCAGCGAGGGAGGGUGAGAGAGGACAAGGAUGCCACCUUGCACCCCGCUUUCCAUCGGGACCCGCAGCAGCUGAGCGGCCGCGAGCAGGACAAGAGGGUCAACCUCCGCAAGCUAAAGCUGCAGCAGAUGGAGGAAGACUUCUACCAGUUUGUGGAUGCCCAGGAGGUGGGCAGUCACCUCAAAAUGGUGCCCGAGACGGCGGACUUCCUUUACCAGUACUGGAAGCUGAAGCGCAAGGCCAACUUCAACCAGCCGCUCCUCACGCCCAAGAAGGAUGAGGAGGAGAGUCUGGCUCGCCGUGAGCACGAGGUGCUGCUGCGACGCUUGCAGCUCUUCACGCACCUCCGCCAAGACCUGGAGAGGGUCCGAAAUCUGACUUACAUGGUGACCCGGCGGGAGAAGAUGAAGCGCUCGUUGUGGCGAGUCCAGGAGCAGAUCUUUCAGCAUCAAGUCCGACUGAUCGACCACGAGCUGCUCAGCGCGAGUACAUCUGUGUUGGACCUGCAGCUCUCCCGGCACCGCUUGUCCUCGCAGGACUCCCAGAUCCCCUGCAGCCGAUCCAGACCAAAGACAAAACGAAGGCCGAAGCCGGAGAAGGGAAAAUGUGGUGACAGAAAAGCUGUCUCAGACUCGCUGCCUGCGGCCUCCAAGGGAGAGGCUCCCGGCAGGACCCUGGACUCCAAAAGCUUGCGGGUGAAAGACAUGACGCCCGCCGAGGCCGCGAGCAGCCCAAACUCCGACCUGGACUUGCAGCGGCUGAGGUUCUUCAAGCAAGAGGUCGCCCAAGAAAGUGUUGCCUUGAAGAUGCACAGAAUGGAGGGCAAGAAAGGUGUGGCGUUGGAACAGGAAAUGCUGAGCAGGCGACGGCGAGAGAGUGCCCAGGAGUAUGAGGAGAAGCGGAAAAAGAAGAAGAAGAAUAAGAGGAGCGAGGCGACCGAGACCUCAGGCCACACGAAGAACAAGCUUGGCUCCAAACAGUUGGACAAAACUGUCUCCAUCAGGCUGGUGGACAUCCGGUCCUCAGACUCUGACGUCAACUUUGUGGACGGUGUGACCAGAAAAAGCUCUGCCCCUUCGGACGUGCCCACGCACAGCAAGCUCAAAGCCAACGUGGCCUCAGAAGGCGUUCCGGUAGACAUCUCCCGCGUGUCCAACGGGCCUGGGGGUGGUCACUCGAAAGGCUGGGGAAAGUUCCGCAUCCCGAAGAAGAGCGACAAGCUCCCAGUGAUGAAGGAACGGACGCCACUGGCGCAGCAAGACAAGCCGCUGCUCCGGCCGCUCACAAACACACCCCCACCAUCGCAGCCAAGAACGCGGCACCGCACUGGGACGGAGAACGAUGGCGAGACGGAGCCUUGCUUGAAGCGGUGCCACUCCCACCAGCUGCGGGGAGACUCCUCCCUCAGCCACCGCUACGGAUCCGACAUUAUCCGCAGGGGCGUGCUGGCGUCCUGAGGGUGACAUCCUAGAAUAAGCUUCACCGUGUUAGUUGCUAAUGAACCACCGCUACACCUUCUUAUUUUUGUUCCUGGAUUAAUGUACAACUAGAGUUUAUAUUUAUUUUGUAUUUGAGAAGCUAAAGUUUGACUUUGUUUCCGGCUCAUACAUUGACAAGCUGAGGUGGCAGCGAGGGACCACCAGUGAUUUUUUGCGUCGCUAGUCCGAACCUCACUCGUACUCAUAAGAGUCGUGCUUUUAGCAAGGACGCGACACUGGCCGUUUUAUUGUUAGCUUUUGGACACUCUUGAAUCAACAAUUGCAUUCGCCAUCAGCACUUAAGUGUCAUUGAAUGAGAGCCCGCCUGCGCCACUUGCCUGACUCGUUGGAAGCGUUUGCACUAGGAGAGGGAGGCGCAGGUGAGCAAGGAAUAUUUUUACACUGAAAAAUAAAUAUUUUCUAUCCUUGGCCGCUGCUCUACUACUGUUAUGCAAAAUGGUGUCUUUUCUUUUGACUGACAGGAAUAAAAUCUAGAGGAAUGAUUUGGGAGUUUUUAAAUUGAAUUUCCUGUCCCUAAAUGCCAUAACUACGAUAGUUUCAGGUGCCUUUUUUGGCCUCUUGGGGGCGUGCUUUCCCCGUGCCAUUCAAUUAAAGGUAAAAGCUGAAACAAGA